AUGGAUGGAAUGCCGCUCCCGCAAUUAAUCCGCAGCACGCCCGCGCUCGCCUCGUUUAAUUCCUUAAGCGUCGCAUGCAGGCAUGCAGCACGCCGCUCAACCUCGCCGCUCACGCUCGCCGCCGCCGCUUGCGUCGCGCUCGCCGGCCCUGCUCUUGUCGCUCUCGCCGCCGCCGCCGCCGCCGCUUUCGUCGCGCUCGCCGGCCGCACUCUCGUCACGCUCGCCGCCGCUGCUCUCGUCGCACUCGCCACCGCCGCCGCUUGCGUCGUGCUCGCCGGCCCCGCUCUCGUCGCUUACGUCGCGCUCACCGGCCGUGCUCUCUCACGCUCGACACCGCCGCCGCCGCUCGCAUUGUGCUCAAGAUGCUUGACGAGAAGCGCGAACGUGAGCUCACUCCCAGGAAGGAUGAUGCCAAAGAAAUGCAAGAGUAGCCUUGGCUUCAUCUAGGAAAGAUGGUUGACAAACUGAUCUGCAACAACUCUUGUAUCUUUCUUGCCUAGUUUCCUAUUCUUGCUUCUAGCCAACAAAGCUUGAUAAACUUGUUUUCUCACUUCUUCGGUCAUGUCUUUCCUUCCUUCGAUGGUUUACUUCAACGGGAGCCACGACAUGUUCUAGCAAAAGGAAGAAAAUCAAGUUCAUUGAUAGUACAAAUAACCAUGGCAUGUUCUAGCAAAAUCUAAUUGUAUCAAAAAGCAAGUUGGCUUACCAGCAAGGUGUUGUACAUAAUCGAAAUCGACUGCACCAAAUUCAUUUAGUGGCAAGUUCAAAUCAAAACCAGUUAAAAAAAAAGGAAAACAAUGAUAUGAGAAACGAUAGAGAAGAAGAGAUAGUACAGUUGCCGUACAAACAUGCACGAGAGAAGAAAAAUCCUGUCAAACAGAGAAGAAAAGUACCAUUGCCGUGCUCCAACGGAGGCUCGUUCAGAUCAAAGGCAAACUCGCCAUCGCCAUCUUCGGCCAUGUGUACUGCAAUAGUGAGAGAAAGCUAGCUAGAAGCCUAGAACUAGAAGAUGAGAUGGCUCAGUACUCCAAACGUGAAAGCAAGUUAGCGUAUAUACGGGCAAGCAGUAACCCAAGCGUCGGCAUUCUCAGCACGCGCGCGCGAAAAACUUACCACGGCAUAGGCGCGCGAAUAGCGGUAACGAGCGCCAGGCAAAAAAAUUUAAGCAUCACGCGCGGCAGUGAACCCAAACUAAAAAAGCAAAACAAAAAACGCGCCUAAACGCCACCUGCAUGAGCGCCAUGCAGUCAACCAAGUAUCCAAGCCCGCCUAAAUCAGUGCCAUGCAAAACCAAGCAACCAGCUCGCCAGGAUUCGAACCUGGGUCCUGCGGAAUCCA